AUGCGUAAUUGUCAGACCCUUCAAAGGGCCUGCGCUUGGUCAGGCCCUCCGGCCGCCUUCGUGUCUUCUCAGUUCUUCCGUGAAUACCUCACCCCAUCGCUCACCGAGCAAUGGUCCUCGUUACCGUCUCCUCAAUUUCCCCUGUCGCCAAUACCAUGUAUCGAAAUGGCACUGGACGAGCCCUUCCGCCAAAUGGCGGAAGGGUCGCCAGAACCCAUGUGGUGCCACCUUUCGACGAGCUCGUCUCUGGGCUCGACACCGUCUUCUCCAAUGGCUCCGAUCGCCGAUGCACCGUGUCUUUUGGCCGAAACGAGUCUCGAUUUGAACGAAGCUCCUUGGAAUUUGAACGUGCAGAGUCCGAAGAAAUAUUGCUCGGAGACACGUUACUAUCUUCCGUGCAACAAUCAAGCGACUCUGAAUCAGACGCUUGCAAACCAGAAUCAAGAAGAGCCUUGUACGAUAGUCACAGUGCAUUCGGCUCCUUCGACAACUGCUGUGUUUUCCCCGUGCCCACCGCCAACGGCUCAUCGCUCACUGGCUUCAAAUCUACCGGACAAUCCAGUCACUUGCGAUUUGGUUGUGUUGAACCGAACCGCUACGACAGUGCCGUCCCUCCUCGUCCCACAAACGCACCGCCGCCCUCGCAAGAUGGAGUGGCAGAAUCUCGAUUCUGAAGACUUGUUCUUUGAUGAGCAUCAACCGUUCCCCGAUGAUUUCCCCCUUCCCGAUGGCCUCAUCGAGCACUUUGCCGACGAGAUGCCAAAUAUUCACGAGCUUGAAAAUUACCUCUACCCCUCAGGAUCCACGAAUCCCGUGAAUCUUCUCCCCGCCAAGCAAAACCCCGCACACUCCUGCCAACCCUCCACCUCAGCUAUCAAUCAAUCCACCGUCGACUCCUUCGGCGAGUAUAUGGACCCACUCGCUGAGUUCUUCCCUGAUCUUGCUAACGCUAACAUGCCGCCACACACGACGAAUCCCGAGCAGAACUUCGGAGUUUAUGGAGAUUCAUAUCCACAACAUCAAUUCGAUUUCCUUGAGACUCCUCAAUCACUCGACCAAUACUGCAAGAGAGAGUCGGGCUCUUGUUCUCCUAUCUCGGUAGGAUCUCCUGAGGGAUCCCAAAGCCCAUCAUCGAGCGGAGGACCCAUUCGUAGUCGAACGGCCAUCGUUCGCGUGAGUACACCACCCUAUGUGGCAGUGGAUCUUGGCCCAGUCACUGAUUACCGCCAAAAGAGGGACAAGAAUAACGUUGCCUCCGCUCGUAGCCGUCAAAAGCGACAAGAUAAAUUCUCGCAAAUGAAGAAGGAAUGCUCAGAUCUCGAGAUGAGAAAUGUCGAGUUGCGAGCCACGCUGAACACCCUCGAGAAGAGCGUGCAAGAGUACAAGAACAUUAUGCUCGCCUUCAUGAACAAGCCA